AUGAGUGAGGAGCUCCUCUCGUGUCUACCGCCGGAGGACAUGUGGCACUCGGGGGAGGUCGUAGUUGCGUCGGUCUCCGCUGCGAGCGCCCCUGUGGCCGCGCGGCGCGCUGAUUGGUCCCCCCCACCCCUCCUCCAACCAAUUCCACAAGAGAGCGACGCGCUCGGAGGCCAGCUGUGCUCAGUUUGUUUACGGGCCUCGCGCGCGGUGGAUCUAGCGGUGUUGUGUCCUCAUGUGAACAUCUCCGCCACGCCGAGUCUUCAAGAAGCGGUGUCUGCUCAGCUGUCUCUCUGCCCCAUCGGCGGCAUGCUGAAGCACGUGCAGCUCAGCCCGUUCCGCUCGCGAGCAGACACCCUGAGCCUGAGCUCCACGUCCAGCUACUGCAGCCUCAGCCCUGAGCCGCUCAGCAGCCGCUCGUCCAGCUACUCCAGUCUCAGCGAGUCUUCUCCUGCGGCAACCACCAUCAAGGUGUACGCACGCUGCCUGCGCGCGGACAUCGAGUACAAGACCCUCAGCAUCACCUUCCAGACGACGUGUCGCGAGGUGGUGACUUCGCUGCUCAACAAGUACCGCAUGAGGCACCGCGACCCCAACCUCUUCUACCUCACCAUGGAGGUGACGGUUCGCAAGGCCGGCGUGCGCACGGUGCUGGUGCUGGACGAGGACUCGCGACCCGCCGCUCUGCAGUGCUGCCACCCUCGCGGGGACUCCAGGUUCGCUCUUCAAACGAGGAGAGGUGGCUUGGUCAAGAUAUACGACAGCAUCCUGAUGCCUGCCUCGCAGUACAAGAGCCUGCUGAUCUCGGACCGCACCACGGUGGACGAGCUGAUACACAUCCUGCUGCGCUGCUACAACAGCCAGGAGCGCGUGGAGCAGUUCUCACUGUACGAGGUGUGCCCGUCGCAGGAGUACCAGCGCAAGCUGCACCCCGACGACUGCCCGCUGCAGGUGCAGCAGUGCUGGCCGGCACCGCAGCUCUUCCAGUUCCUCGUCAAGCGCAACGCCGGCUUCAGGCCGCGCAGGAAGGGACCGUGGACGCCAGAGCUGCCCUCCAUCCCGAGCUGCCCGCGCCAGCCUGACGACACGAGUCCUCCGCCCAGUCCAAGGCCUACCUCCUCCGCCUGCACGGACUAUGACAACUACUUCUACAUCUGAGCUACGUGCCGCGUAUAUGUGUAUGAUCUAGUUGAAUGGGCUGUGAGAAGUGAGUGUUGAGUGUGACGUGGACUCAGUUGCAAGUUUACCGCAGCGACGGAAACCUCACAGUGCGACAGCCAACCACAGAACAGCAGGAGGUGUGCGACGACACAAACGUUUCUCCUUCCUCUUCGAUGUUCUCUUCUCAAACCUUUGUUCCGUGACACUGCAAUGCGUCAAAUAGCUGCAUCAUUACCAAGAACCACGAUUUUAUGACAAAUGAGAAAAUCUCUGUUGAGUUCAAUUCUGAAAGUACGAACCUCAUGACCUGUCAAGAGUAAUAGCGUAUAUUCUGCACUAGAACUUUUUCCUAAUGAUAAAGCACGAAAAGAACUUGAUCUGUUCACGGUUGUGUAGUACCUAACUUAUGCCGGUACCUCUACGUGCUGCAUGAUGGGCCUAUAGAUCUUAAAGCCCUCGUGAAUGUAUCAUGUAACGCAGAAGUAUUUUGACCAACAAGGUUGACACAUUUUGGACAUCUUUCAUGAGAAAAUGUGAGUAAAACUUGAUUUCCUUAAAAAAAUAUUGUGUCCAAAAUGUUGUAUUUGUUUUUCUACUUAACAUUUUGUUGUAUUACAUGCAGAUUUUUUUAUUGUUUGGCAUAUUUUGUGUCCAUUUAUUAUGAGUGCUGUUAGUGUUUUUGUGAUUUUUGCAUACGUUGCAUUUCACAGCAAACCGCAAGGAUUCCUUUUCCCCACACUACUGCAUACCUUUAUUAGUCCAUGCUACCUCGAGCUGGUGUAAGUGACGCUCUCGUGGCAAGUCAGACAACUCAAGGAGAUGCUGCCUGCUUAGUGUAUAGCAGUAUAGCGCUAGUCAUGAGAUUGUGCCACGUGUCCUCCAUCGUGGGCACAGACAAAGUUUUGGAAAAUUAUUUUUUAUUUGGUUUUCAUACUUAGAACAGCCAAAACUAAAAUUCUUACUUUCAUCAGUAUUGGGACUGUGUGAAUAUUUGAAUUCUUGAAUAUCAAAAUGAAUAGUUUAUUUUUCAUAUUCCAUUCAAUUUUUAAUACUAACACUUUGAAAAAACGAAUAUGAGUCGUUUACGAAUAUGGCUGUGAGUGAUCUUGAAAGUCUGGAAAAAUAUUUACCCUUUGGGCGGAGAAAAAAUAUCCACAGGAUGUUUGUAAUGUUUUAGGGUUAUUUAUGUAGAGUUUUUAUUGCUACAUCUGAACAUGUAAAUUUUAAGAAGACUAAUAUAGUAAAGCUGGAUUUAACACAGUAAUUCGGAACCAACUAACAUCCACGUAAUGAGCUCAGUAUUUUACAAUUUUACAGUGUGUGUCCGGCAGGUUGAUAUAAAAAGAUUGAAACUGAUAGCAUACUGAUAAGGAUAAAUAUGUGUCAGUAAAAACAGAACACUUCGCAAGAGUUAAAAGUUGGCUGCUUUCAGAUCAUAAGGUAUAAACACAUCAUGCCAGCUCUGUGAUUAGAUUCGUUAAGAAACGUUUUGGUAAAGGGGAGGGGGGUGAAAAGAAAAAAAAACUUGUAUAGAUCUUGUGGAAAAAUUCUGGUUGCACACUCAUACCAAAGACUCCUGAAGUGUAACAACCUACAACAACUUUUUUUGGUGAAUAAUACAGAGUGAACGACGACUCACUCUCCCAGCACAAUUGUCACUGGUGGCAAAAAAAAAAAAAGGUCUCACUAAGAGGAAAAAAGGAGGGGGGGUGGAACACUUCGCCUCUUUUCCCAAGCACACAUUCACUGGACAGAAAAAGAGAAGAACAUUCUAAGCUGCUACAUACUGUGUUCUUACAUUUGAGUUAAAACAAACCAAAAAAUAUAAUCCAUAAAUGUGAAUAUAAAUAAUGAUUUAUUUUCACAUAGUAAAAAAUUCACACAAACCAAUUUAAAAAAUGUUUUUAGACCUACAUCAUAUUUAACUAGGUAUAGAUAAAAACUGCUCACUGUACAAUCUUUAUAAAGCCACCCUCUUGAAAUUUCUUCACACAUACUUCAAUUUAUACUGCGUACUGCAACAUAUUCGCUUUGUAAUGUUUAUUAAUUUUUUCUUUGCAGAUCCUAUUUUGAUUGCCAUUAAAAAUAAUUAUUUAUAUUUUCCUUUCGAAAUUUGAAUAUUUUAACAAAAUUUUACCUAUAGUAAUUGUAGCUGACUUAUCCUAACCAACCUUUCACUUUAGUAUUAUUAUCAUCUAAUUUCCCAGAAUCCACUACACUACACUUUAAUACUUUUUUUCUUUCAUUAUGUAUUUAUUAUAUGCGAAGAAAUUUUUUAGUGGGAUUCUAAUUCUAAUUGAGUUCAAUAUUCGUAUUUGAGAAUAAUUUGUUUAUCGUAUUCGGUUCAAAUAAAAAAACCUGAUAUUCACACAGAUCUAAUCAAUACUUAAAAAUUUAAAUUAACACAAAAGUGGGAGUUACAGAAUCUUCUUACGUUUGCGCUCUAUAAAUGAUGACAUGGCUUUCUUUUGUGCUGAAUUCAACUUCAUGACAUGGGUGACCUGAAGUAUCCUGCAGUGAAUCAAGUUGUAUUGUCUUACAGACUUUGUGGGGAAAAAAAUUCCCUUAGGACUUGACAGAGGCAUUCUGAUAGCUGGUUUUUUCCAGCACUCUCUGAAACCUAACCCAAAUUGUGACCCUCAUCACACGUCUUGGUAGCUAUGUCUUUUUACUGGUCGCACUCUUCUGUACUUCUGAAGCUAAACUUAUUUAGUUAUUUUGUAUGUGUUUUCUUUAAAUAUUAUAUUUUUGUAAAUGUUUUGUGGUAUUUACAGUCUAUACCAAAGAUUAUCACUGCACAUGUAACCCAAUGUAAAUUAUGUAUGUUUGACAAGGGCCCAAUGAUUUAAGCAGUAAAACAGUGUCAUCAAGUUGUGACAAAGGUGUUAAUUUGUAUUUUAUUGAUACCUAUAUAAGCAAUAGUAUAUCUUGUACACAUUUGUUUAACAUAAACGGUUAUAAUUUUGACUUAUGAAGAGAUGAAGUUUUUUAAAAUGCCAGUAACAAUUAAAAUAUUGGUACCAUCUUUCUGUAAGUCUGUUUUAAAUGGUAAUUUUUUUUUUUAAGUCCCAUUCUUUGUAUAUAUUUAUAAAUGGCUGCUAGAAGAGUUAGUAUGUUUAGAACAACACAUAAUUUCUAAAAUGUGGGCCCUGCAGAUGUUUUUGCAUGUUUUUGUAUUGUGAAUGUGUGUUGCUUAGUACCUACCUAGUUCAGAAACAUGUAUCGUGUAUAGCUGAAAACCAAUAUGAAAUAAAUGUUUAAACUUCAA